CAAACCCUCCCUAUUUUCACUCGCUCAAUCUCUCACAUAUCUUAAAACCCCUACAACAAUAAUAAUAAUAAUUUCUUUCUUCCUUCCUUCCGAUGAACAAUCAAAGAAACACCCAAAUGUAUCAAACCCCACCGUCACCCGCGGCGAGAUUAAACAAUCUCCGGCAGCCGUCCCUCAAUCUCCCAUCAUCACUCGACAUUGAUCAGACUCUAUACGAUUCUUUCUCCAACCUCAAUCUCUCCGAAACCAACGAUCACCACCACCACGUGUCCCUGCCGGAGACUCUUGAUUACUCGUACGGCGGCGAGGGUUUCAAUUUCAUUAACCCCAUUGUUCCCACUAACAGCAGGAGGAGGUUAGAAGAUAUUGUUAGGGCUUCAAACGGCGUUAACUAUAAUCAAAGGGUUUAUUCCGGUGUGGCCCACUCCACCACUCGUACGGUGGACCCGUUUCUUCAUCAGAGAGCAUCUUCUUCUGGUCUUGACCCACGGUUUGACUUUGACUUUGACCCAUGGUCUUACUUGCUCGCCAAGGAACGUUUAUUCCAUACACAACAACAACUACAACACCUCAAUGCCGUAAUUUCUGAAGAAAAUAAUAAUAUUAAUAGUAAUAUUAAUAUUAAUAAUUUGCAAAACCACCAGUAUUUGAGAUUGGCGAGUUUGCAUCAGUUAAGGGGAAUGAUUUGUUUUCUUGCAAAAGAUCAACAUGGGUGUCGGAUCUUACAAUCGAAAUUUGAAGCUCCAACAAAAGAGGACGUUGAACUUGUGUUGUACGAGGUGGCGGGUUCAGUUGCUGAUUUAAUGAAAGAUCAGUACGGAAAUUAUAUAAUGCAGAAGCUUGUUUGUGUGUGUAAUGAUGUGCAGAAAGGGUUGAUUGUUCGUGAGUUGACUGAAAGAUCGGUUGAUGUAAUUCUUGUUUGUAUGAGUCCCUAUGGGACACGAGCAGUUCAGAAGCUAUUGGAGAAUUUGAAUUCGCGGGUUCAGAUUAUGAUGGUGAUCCGGGGGUUACACCGCGGUGCAGCCCAAUUGGCGAACGAUCCGAAUGGUCACCACGUCCUGCAGUAUUGUUUGAUUCACUAUGAUUGUGAUUUUAACCAGCCGAUUCUUGAUCAGAUAGCAAAUAAUUGUUUCAAAGUUGCAACAGAUAGAAGUGGUUGUUGUGUCCUGCAGGCGUGUGUGGAACACUCGCGUGGUGAAGUGAGGAAUCGCCUGCUUGCUGAGAUCAUGGCGAAUGCGAUCCCAAUAGCCGAAGAUCCUUUUGGCAACUAUGUGCUGCAGCACAUGGUGGGGUUACAGUCACCCGAGUUAACAGAAGUGCUAGUUAGCCAACUGCAAGGGAAUUUCGCAUAUCUCUCGCAAAACAAAUACGCGAGUAAUGUCGUCGAGAAAUGUUUGAUUGAAUCUGAGCCUGAUAUAGCAACCAAAAUCAUUCUUGAGUUGGUUAAAAGCCCAAAUGCCCCAUCCCUUCUUGUAGAUCCCUAUGGGAAUUUUGUCAUCCAGUCUGCACUAAAGGUUUCGAGGGGGAUUGCAAAGGAGUGCCUGCGCGAGCUGAUAUUAAGAAACGUCAAUUCGAUGCAGAGCAAUCUUUAUGGUAAAAAGAUACUGGAAAAGGUUGAAAAGAAGAGAACCAUAUACAAGUAAAAGAUUCAGAGUGCAAGAAUUAUGUGAAUAGUGUUUUGUAAUCUGGUCGUAAGCUUUUUGUUUGUUUUAUAUGUAUUUGUUGUGGUUCUUAUAGGGUGUAAAUCUUGGUGUUUUGAGAUUUUGGCUGACUGCAGAGAUGAUUAUUUUAAGGAUAUAUAAAUAUUGACCUAUUAAGGAAUAUAUUGCAAUAAUAAUAAUGAGAUUGCUGGUA